CACUAUUGAGUCCAGUUUGUUCCUAACGGGUUUCCGUCGCGCUUCCAGAACGUCACGUGGCGCGCAGUGGCUGCUGGGAUAUCAGCUCCGUGAGCGAGAAGGAUGACGACAGCAGCACGGCCGACGUUCGAGCCCGCGCGCGGUGGGCGGGGCAAAGGAGAGGGCGACCUGAGCGCGCUGUCCAAACAGUACUCCAGCAGGGACCUGCCAGGACACACCAAGAUCAAAUACAGACAGCCCACCCAGGAUGCCCCUGAGGAAGUGCGCGCUCGUGAUUUCAGACGAGAGCUGGAGGAGAGAGAGAGAGUCGCCGUCAAGACCAGAGAGAGAGGACCAAGAGAACACGCCUCCUCCUCUUCUUCAUCCUCGUCCUCGUCCAAGCGUCCUCGUCUCGAUCAGAUUCCUGCAGCAAACCUGGACGCAGACGACCCGCUGACUGACGAGGAUGAGGACUCUGACUCCGCCUCUGACAGUGAUGAUGAUGAUGACGACACCGCCGCCCUGCUGGCUGAACUGGAGAAAAUCAAGAAGGAGAGAGCAGAGGAGCAGGAGAGGAAGGAGCGGGAGCAGAAGGCAGAGGAGGAGAGAAUUCGGAUGGAGAACAUUCUGAGUGGAAAUCCACUGCUCAACCUCGCUGGGCAACAAACACACACACCAAACACCUUCAGUGUAAAACGCAGGUGGGACGACGACGUGGUCUUUAAAAACUGUGCUAAAGGUGUAGAUGAGUCUCGCAGGGAGAAGCGUUUUAUUAACGACACACUCCGCUCAGAAUUCCACAAAAAGUUUAUGGAGAAAUAUGUCAAGUAAUCCUGAUGACUUUUGACCUUUUUGUUAUUUUCUUUUUAUUGUUCUGAUGUUUUUUGCCUUUUCUUGGUUAAUGUGUGUAAUUAAAGCUUUCGAUCUCUUUA